AUGCAUUUCAACCUCCAGAAGCAGUUGGGACUCGGUUCCCUAUGCUCUUCCCUAUUAUCAUUUCUCUGUGGUGAUAAUAAGCAGGGCUCCGUCGCCCACCAUCCAGCCCAGCCACCAUCAUACCCGCUGGCUGUUCGCAACCCAUACCUAUCGACAUGGAUGCCGGCCGACCGGGUUGAACAACUUUCCUAUGCCGAAUCCCAGUUCUGGACAGGCCAGGACCUCGGUUGGUCUGUGAUGGUUCGCGUCGAUGGCCAAGUGUAUAGUCUGAUGGGAGUCCCCAACUUGGACAGCAACUCGAUUCUCCCAGCAACCGUGCGACGCGCAGAGUUCACAUCGACUCAUUCGCUCUUUGAUCUGACGGUGGGACCAGUUGCUUUUACCCUUGACUUUUUCUCGCCGGUCUCGCCGUCAAAUUACUUGCGACAGUCGCUCCCUUUCAGCUAUUUGAACGUGCAAGUUAGCAAUUCAUGGGCCCAUGAUAUUCAAAUUUACUCGGACAUCGAUGGGAGGUGGACUGGCCGAGAACAUCGUUCAGUCCACGACUUUGAAGAACAUGACAAGCUGCUGUUCCACACCUUAUCGGUCCAGGAUGCGCCUCGAUAUGCGGAAGAUCGCGACAUGGCUCUUUGGGGACAGGCUAUUCUUGCUUCUCGUCCGGAAGGCUCGAGCAACCUCUCCGCGCUCGCUGGACCUCCUCAAGUCGUCCGCACUGCCUUUGUGAGGAACGGCGAUCUAUCUACCGAGGAGUCCUCUUGGUCCCCGCAAAGCGUGGUAGCUCUUGCGCACGACCUAGGAAAUGUUCUUGGUGAUGCCUCUGUGACAUUUGCUGUUGGCUAUGAGAGGAAGGAAGCCAUCAACUACCUUGGCGAGCCAUAUACUGGUUUCUACCGAUCUAAAUAUCCCACAACCCACGAGGCACUAUCAUUCUUUUUGGAUGACUUUGAAGAUGCUCGACUAGAGUCUUGGAAACUGGAUGAGGAGCUCUCUGCGUUUGCUACCGCUGCUGCCGGUCCCAAAUAUGCAGAUAUCGUGGCUUUGUCAACUCGUCAAGCUUACGGAGGCAUUGACUUGACAAUUCCCAAUGAUUCACUCGACACUGAUCAGGUGCUGGCUUUUAUCAAGGAGCUUUCUAGCGAUGGGAAUGUUAAUACGAUAGACAUUAUUAUGCCAGCUUUCCCAAUCUACUGGGUGAUGGAUUCUGAUUGGAUCCGCCUGUUGUUAGAACCGGUGAUGCUCUACUUGGAUGCUGGUCGGUGGAAACUCCCAUAUACUAUUCACGACCUUGGAUCUCAUUAUCCUCAUGCGAUCGGUCAUGAUGAUCAGCGAGCAGAACCCAUGCCUAUUGAGGAAUGUGGCAACUUGCUCAUUCUGGCGCUCGCCUAUGUUCGUGCCACUGGGGACGAAAACUGGAGCAAUCAGUAUAUGGGACUCUUCCAGAAAUAUGCCGACUAUCUGGUCGAAAAUAGCAUUGACAUUGUCGAGCAGCUGUCGUCCAAUGAUGCUGCUGGCCCACUAGCAAAUGAGACAAAUCUAGCCAUCAAGGCGGCCAUCGGCAUCAAGGCAUAUGGUGACCUGAGCGGAGAUCAAAGCUACUCUCGCAUCGGUGAUGAGCAUGCAGACCUUUUCUUUCGGCAAGGUCUAGGCACAGACGAGAAUCAAACCCAUUUUGUGCUGGAAUACCCUGACAAGGCAGAUACAUGGAAGAUUCCAUAUAAUCUAUACCCAGAUGUCCUACUGGGAUUAGAAACGUUCCCCAAGCAGGCAUACUCGAUGGGCAGUCAGUUCUUCUCGACGGUCCGCGGGGAGUAUGGCGUGGCAUUGGACAACCGGCAGGACUGGGCCAAAUCUGAUUGGAACAUGUGGCUGGCCGGUACUUUCGAAACGAGUACACGAGAUGAGUUCAUCGAUGACCUGUGGGCAUUCAUGACCAAUGGAAAGCAUAACUGGCCUUUUUCGGACCGUUAUGUUUCUACCUCUGCGCAUGGCGCCGAGCCUGGUAUUCCGGUCCUAUGCCGGGCUCGCCCAACCGUCGGUGGUCAUUUUGCAUUACUGGCAUUGAAGGGUCCCAGUUCUCUUCAAUCGCUAUCGACUCAUAAGGUUCAUGGUACUGGAGGGUCGAGGUAUGAUCGAUUCAUCGACCCUGCUGAGGAGCUGUGA